UUGGUGCCCUACGCAAACUGCGUACUCUGCGUAUAUGGAGCGGCGGUACGCCUAUGGAGAGUCCCUACAAGGAAAGCUGACCAGACUGUGUGUGUGAGUGUGUGUGUGUGUGUGUGCGCGCGCCCCUGCUGUCGGAUGUGUGUUUUCUCUCUCAUGGAGGAUUUUCAGGAACUAACAGGGGAGCAGGAGAAACUCUGAAACGCGACGCGCGCGGCCCGCGGCUCCUGUGCGGCGUUUGCAGCGGAUCCGGAGCGUGUUUCGGUGGAGUUUGGGUUCGGUGAUGGCCGGCGCGUCUCCCGCUCCGCCGCUCUGGUAUCACCGGGAUCUGAGUCGCGCCGCGGCGGAGGAGUUGCUCGCUCGCGCCGCGCGGGACGGGAGUUUCCUGGUGCGGGACAGCGAGAGCGUCAGCGGCGCGUAUGCGCUAUGCGUGCUGUUUCAGAAACAUGUUCACACGUACAGGAUCCUGCCUGAUGAGGAGAACUUCCUGGCGGUGCAGACGUCUCAGGGCGUUCAGCCCAAACGCUUUAAGACUCUUCUUGAGUUGAUUCAGUUGUAUCUGCAGCCCAGUCAAGGCCUGGUGACCACACUGCUGUUUCCAGUGGAGAGAGAGGAAACCACAGAGGAGAGAGAUUACUCGGAUGGUGAAGAUGAGAAGCCGCCCCUCCCUCCACGCACCGCCUCCACCAGCAGCUCUGCAGGCUCCGCUCCCAUCAGUCCAGACACGCCCCCUGAGAACGUGACGGCAUCGAACGGCCUGAGCACCAUCUCUCACGAGUAUCUGAAGGGCAGCUACGCUCUGGAUCUGGAGGCGGUCAAACAGGGAGCGAACAGCCUGCCGCACCUCAACAAGACGCUGGUGGCGUCCUGCAAACGCCUGCAUGGGGAGGUGGAUAAGGUCCUGUGCGGUCUGGAGAUCUUGUCGAAGGUUUUCGAUCAGCAGAGCGCCUCCAUGGUGUCCAGAAUGAUCCAGCAGACCAUGUCUCAGGGUGGAGAUCAGGAGCUGGAGCAUCUGGUCACUAAACUGGCCAUCCUCAAAGAUCUGCUGUCAUCUAUAGAGAAGAAGGCUCUGAAGGCUCUUCAGGACAUGAGCUCUACUCCGAACAUCUCACCGCUGCUGUCCAUCAGACACAAAGCUAUUCCUGUGCAGACCUUCGAGGUGAGAGUGGUGGUGUAUCUGGCCGACCUGACGAAGAUUGGGAAGAGUCAGAAAUACUCGCUGAGUGUGGACGUGGAGGGAGGAAAACUGGUGGUGAUGAAGAAGAUGAAGGACGCGCAGGAAGACUGGAACACGUUCACACACGACAAGAUUCGGCAGCUGAUAAAGUCUCAGCGUGUUCAGAAUAAACUCGGAAUCGUCUUUGAGAAGGAAAAAGACAAAAGCCAGAGGAAAGAUUUCAUCUUUGCCAGUGCAAAAAAAAGGGAAGCGUUCUGCCAACUACUGCAACUCAUGAAGAACAAACAUUCCAAUCAGGACGAGCCCGACAUGAUCUCCAUCUUCAUCGGAACAUGGAACAUGGGCAGUGUUCCUGCGCCGAAGUCGAUGGGAUCGUGGAUUUUAUCCAGAGGUUUGGGGAAGACUCUGGAUGAGAUGGCGGUGACGAUCCCUCAUGACAUCUAUGUGUUCGGGACGCAGGAGAACUCUGUGUGUGAUAAGGAGUGGGUGGAGACGCUCCGCUGCGCCCUCAAAGACUACACCGAGACCGACUACAAACCCAUCGCAGUGCAGACGCUGUGGAACAUUAAGAUCGUGGUGUUAGUGAAGGCUGAACACGAGAACCGCAUCAGUCACGUGGGAAUGUCCAGCGUCAAAACAGGAAUCGCCAACACGCUCGGAAACAAAGGAGCAGUGGGCGUGUCUUUCAUGUUUAACGGGACGUCGUUUGGCUUCGUUAACUGUCACCUGACGUCCGGCAAUGAGAAGAUCCACAGACGGAACCAGAACUAUCUGGACAUCCUGCGUCAGCUGUCGCUGGGCGAUAAACAGCUCAACUCCUUCGACAUCUCGCUGAGAUUCACACAUCUCUUCUGGUUCGGCGACCUCAACUACCGGCUGGACAUGGACAUACAGGAAAUCCUCAACUACAUCAACAGGAAGGAGUUUGAGCCAUUGUUAAAGGUAGACCAGCUAAAUCUGGAGAGAGAGAAGAACAAGGUCUUCCUUCGCUUCGCGGAGGAGGAGAUCACCUAUCCGCCCACGUACCGUUAUGAGCGCGGCUCGCGAGACACGUACGUCUGGCAGAAGCAGAAGGCGACUGGGAUGCGGACCAACGUUCCUUCAUGGUGUGACAGAAUCCUCUGGAAAUCCUAUCCGGAGACACACAUCGUGUGCAACUCUUACGGCUGUACAGAUGACAUCGUCACCAGCGAUCACUCGCCGGUCUUCGGCACGUUCGUUGUGGGGUUGGCGUCUCGUUUCGUGUUUGUGUAUGGUCUGCCCAAGUCUUCAGAACAGGCCUACAUCGAGUUCGAGAACAUCGAAGCCAUCGUCAAGACGGCCAGCAGAACCAAAUUCUUCAUCGAGUUCUACUCAACCUGUCUGGAGGAGUUCAAGAAGAGCUUUGAGAACGACACUCAGAGCAGUGAUAACGUGAACUUCCUGCGCGUGAGCUGGUCGUCCAAACAGCUGACCACACUGAAGCCCAUCCUGUCCGACAUCGAGUAUCUGCAGGACCAGCAUCUGCUGCUGACCGUCAAGUCCCUGGACGGAUACGAGUCGUACGGUGAGUGUGUACUGGCUCUAAAAUCUAUGAUUGGCAGCACGACGCAGCAGUUCCACACAUAUCUGUCUCACCGCGGUGAAGAAACUUUUUUUUGUUUGUGUGUGUGUGCAGCAGAUCAGAGAGUCCCCGUCUUGAACGCCAUGGGAACGAGAGAACGACUCUAUGAGUGGAUCAGUGUGGAUAAGGACGAGACGGGCGGACCGAAGGGCAGGACUCUUCCUCCUCGAGCCGGACACGACUAUGUGAAACCCUCCAGCAGCAGGAAGCUGGGCUCAGCUGACCUCGGGAAAGUCUCAGAGGAGGGAGAGAAGAGCGUCACGGGAAGAAACACACACACACACUCCUGCAAAGAGGAGAGCACACAGAACAGGUGUAGUUGUUUUGUUUUUGAUGGGGUAGACAGGAUGUGUUAGAACAGCUUCAAUAACCCCGCCUACUACAUUCUAGAAGGCGUUCCCAACCAAUCUGCUGCUCUGGCCUCUGACAUGCUCCCCGGCUUCCGCUCCGCCCUCCCUCCACUAGCCAAUAAAACAGCUCCUCCUGCAGGCGGUGUGGGAAAAAACAAGCCGCCCAGUGGAAGUUCUGCACCGGGUCGAAAGCAGACGUCUGGACGCCCGGUUCGGACCAUCAGCGAGGAAGGGUCUUCGGAGGAUGAUGGGAACAUCGGGUCUCUAAAUCGUCCCCCGCCUGAUUUCCCUCCUCCUCCGCUGCCCAAAGGAGCUCUGGAGGCGGCGGAGAACUCGUUCGGAAAACCACAAAAACUCACUGACGUCAAGAUCCCGCCCCCGUCUGCGGUUCCGUCCAAUCCACUGUCAUCGCCCAGCUUUAGUAACCAGUCCCUCUGGGGGGGGGGUAGUGUAGUGGCUUCAGUAUGGUGCUCCACCCAUUCUGAAGCCCGCGUUACCGCCGCCCCAGUUGUCCGGGACGAAAGCGAGGAUGGGCGUGGAGGGUCUGGGGGACAUCCGCGCUCCAUACAGGAGGAGAGCAUCGCAGAAGACCUGCCCGAGGAGGGUCUGUGGCAUGACGAGAGCAGCAGCAGCAGUCUGUCGGUGGAGUGCAGCGUCGGCGAGUGGCUCCAGAAGCUCGGCCUGCAGCAUUAACGGUAG